AUGUCGAACCAGACUCCUGACUCUUGGGAGGAUGACCUCGCCCGCCAAGCUGAGGGUGUUAACCUGAAUGGACAGGGCCGCCCUCAACCUCGUGCGCCCACCUUCCAGCCCGGAGCUGCUUCGUUCACCCCGGGAGCCGCCUCUUUCACCCCGGGUCAACAAUUCCAGCAAUACGGCGCUGGUAACCCUUACGCUCAGUACGGUCAGCAAGCCUACGGAUACCCCCAGCAGCAACAACAGCAGGCCUACAACCAGUACGGCGCAUAUGGCCAGCAGCCUGGUGGUUACAACCAAUACUACAACCAGCAGCCUGGUGGCUUUGCCCAGCAGCCUCGUCAGAAUGCCUCUGCUGCCUACCAGCAGGCUCCCGCCGCCGCUCCCGCCCAAUCCGCCCCCAAGCCCGCCGCGCCUGCCGCCGCCGCACCACCCAAGGCUAAGGUUCUCUCAAUUGGCGCUACCUCCUCGGCCGCUGCUCCCAAGACCAAGGUUCUCUCGAUCGGUACCCCUACCCCUCCUCCCGCUGCCGCCAAAUCGGAAACCGCAAAGGGUGAUUCGAAGGGCACUGCGGCCGCCGAGGCUGGCGCCAAGGUGACCGCCAGCAAGGCCAUUGAUAAGACGGAGAAGAAGACGGAGAGAGCCAGCGGCACUACCUCUCCCACACCCUCUUCUGGCCGCUCUAGUCCUGCUCGUGGUGCCGAGGCUGCUAAGCAGGCUCGUGCCGCGGAUGCUGUUGCUAAGGCACAGCAAGCCGAUGUUGAUGACGCUACUCUGAAGGAGAUUUAUGGUGAGCGUCGUGAGCACGUCAACGUCGUCUUCAUUGGUCACGUUGAUGCUGGAAAGUCCACCCUGGGUGGUUCUCUUCUGUACUGCACUGGCAUGGUGGACGACCGAACAAUGGAGAAAUACAAGCGCGAGGCCAAGGAAGCUGGCCGAGAGACCUGGUACCUAUCAUGGGCCUUGGAUCUGACUGCCGAGGAGCGUUCCAAGGGUAAGACCGUCGAGGUUGGCCGAGCAUUCUUCAAGGUCGAAGUGCCUACGCCAGAAGGUCCCAUUGAGCGCCAGUUCUCCAUCCUGGAUGCCCCCGGCCACAAGUCUUACGUUCCCCACAUGAUUGGUGGAGCCUCUCAGGCCGACUUGGGUUGUCUUGUCAUUUCCGCCCGUAAGGGUGAGUACGAAACCGGUUUCGAAAAGGGUGGUCAGACCCGUGAGCACGCGCUACUUGCCCGUAACACUGGUGUGCAGCAGCUCGUCCUAGUUGUGAAUAAGAUGGACGACCCUACUGUCGAAUGGAGCAAGGCCCGUUACGAUGAGUGUACCAUCAAGGUUAUUAAGUUCCUUGAAGCCCUUGGUUACAAGAAGAGCGACAUCUUCUGCAUGCCCAUCUCCGCCCAGCGUACUCUCAAUAUUAAGGAUCGCCUCACUAAGGACGUUUGCCCUUGGUAUGACGGACCAUCACUGCUUGAGUACCUGACAGACUUCAAGCUCCCAGAGCGUAAGGUCAAUGCUCCUUUCAUGAUGCCUAUCACCGCCAAGUACCGUGACAUGGGUACCAUGGCUGAGGGACGUAUUGAAUCCGGAAUCAUCAAGAAGAACGGCACUUAUCUCAUGAUGCCCAACAGAACUGAGGUCUCGGUUGCUGCCCUUUACGGUGAAACUGAAGAUGAACUUUCCACCGCCAAGGUCGGUGACCAGGUCCGCCUUCGUCUGCGUGGUGUGGAAGAAGAUGAAUUCUUCCCAGGCUUUGUUCUCUGCUCUCCCAAGCGACCCGUUCACUGCGUGUCUGCGUUCGAAGCCAAGAUUCGUAUUUUGGACCUGAAGAACAUUCUCACUGCUGGUUUCAAUUGUGUGCUUCACGUGCACUCUGCUGUUGAGGAGGUCACUUUCGCCGCUCUUCUCCACAAGCUUGAGCCCGGUACCGGCCGUAAGAGCAAGCGCCCUCCUGCUUUCGUCAACAAGGGUCAGACUAUCAUUGCUCGCCUGGAGGUUACCUCAACUGCUGGUGCCGUGUGUGUCGAGAAAUACGAUGAUUACCAGCAACUAGGACGAUUCACCCUUCGUGACCAGGGUCAAACCAUCGCUAUCGGUAUGGUCACUAAGCUCAUUCACUCCGAGAACGAGGAGUAA